AUGGUUGUUGCAGAAACGAACCCGAAGGACGAUGAGUGCAAGGGUCUAUUGACUUCGAUAAGUUGCACUCCUGCAAGCCCACCACCACCACCACCACCCUCAUCACCACCCCCAUCAUCGGACGAUGUGAAGCUGGAGCUGGGAUAUUAUUCAUAUGAGGAUGAAAAGAGGCCUGGGGCGUUGUCUGAAGAGCCGGAAAAGCAGAUAGGAAGUGUUGGACUUCUUGUAUGGAUGACAAUUAAUAUUGUCGCGACUGUUGCUAUUGUCUUUACUAACAAAUCCAUCCUCUCCAAUGCAUCUUUCCGCAACUCACAAGUAUCCUUCGCCGCCUACCAUUUCACCAUCACCGGACUCACACUAUGGCUAGCAUCGCGGCCAUUCUGCGGCUGGUUCAAACCAAAGCACGUAUCACCCUAUCGAAUCCUCCACCUUGUUGCGGCCAUGUGCAUCCAGGUCAUUUUUCAGAACCUGGCUUUGGCUUAUUCGUCGGUUAUCUUUCACCAGCUGGCGCGGCUGCUCCUUACACCUGCUACGGCGUUGUUAAAUUUUGUGCUGUUCCAGUCCAGCAUCCCCAAGUCGGCGUUCCUUCCCCUGGUCCUACUCUGCACGGGAGUUGGCAUUGUCUCGUACUUUGAUUCACUACCGUCCGCGAAAGGCAACGAUACUACGACACCAGAGGGUAUUUUCUUCGCUUUGUCGGGUGUGUGCGCUAGUGCACUGUACACGGUCUUGGUGGGCCGGUAUCAUAAGAAGCUGGAGAUGAGUAGUAUGCAGCUUCUGCUCAAUCAGGCCCCUGUCAGCGCGGCUGUCCUGCUGUGUGUUGUUCCGUGGAUGGAGACGUUUCCAGAGGUUGCGACUGUUCCUGGGUCGUUGUGGACUUCGAUACUUGCGAGUGGAAUAUUCGCUUGUCUGGUGAACCUGUCUCAGUUCUAUAUAAUUGAUGCUGCUGGGCCGGUUACAAGCACGGUGAUCGGACAGCUCAAGACGUGCAUCAUUGUAGGGCUGGGAUGGGUGCUGAGUGAUCAUGAGAUUCUGCGGCAGAGUGUCGCGGGAUCCUGCCUCCAAUGGCUCACAUCCCAAUUUAACCGGCGUCGAUUUCAGCUCUCGUUCGCCCUUGCCAUUGUUCUUCUCCUCUCAUACCUCUUCCAUCUUGAUGUCCUCCCAACCGACUAUGAGGCCCCCUUCAAAGACCACUAUGCUCGCACUCUUUCAGCACGAGAGCUCCUCGCCCGUCCGCUCUCCCAAGAUCUCACCACCAUCCCUAAGCUUAUCCAUCAGACGUGGUUCCCUGCCGGUAGCAACAUGAGCGACGAUGCCCAAACCUGGGUACGAACAAUGCGCUCGCAGAAUGCAGAUUGGGAGUAUGUACUAUGGGAUGACGAGACGAACCGGAUGCUCGUGGAACAGUACUUCCCUUGGUUCCUGACAGACUACAACCGUCUCCCCAAGGAGAUCCACCGAGCAGAUGUGGUUCGCAACCUCUACAUGUACCUAUUCGGAGGAAUGUACGCCGACGUCGACACAGAAGCUCUCCGGCCCGUGGAGCCUCUCUUCACCAGCCAUUCCACCACCCUUGCCAAGCACAGUCAAAUCCUUUCCUCAGGGCCACGCAAGAACGACCAUGAAUGCACACAGCGCGGCUUUGUCGGCCAUAUGGCACACAAAGAAGGAUUGGAUGGCCCCGCCGCCGUCCCUAAUGGCUGGAUGGCAUCACCCCCCGGCCACCCUUUCUGGCUCCUGCCUGUGAUCCACGUGAUUGAGAAUCCCAACGGGAACGGCGAUGGAUCUGUUGAGUCACUUACGGGGCCUGGGGCACUUGGUACUAUGCUACACAAGUAUUACGAGGACUUCAAGGAUAGUUCGGUGCGGACGCAUGUGUGUCGAACGGUGCGGCGGUGGUCACCUGCGUGGGACCUGUACUGUGGACCAGAGGGCAGUGAAGAUGAGGUUGGGGCAAAGGCUGAUAAGAUGGUGGUGUUGCCGCGACAGCAGAUCUAUCCGUAUAGCUGGGCGGAUGAUAAGCACCCGGCGUGCCUGGCGGCGUGGGGCAAUCCGGACUUCAAUCCGGAUGAGUGUAAGCGGUGGAUUGAUGUGGAUGAGUGGCCGAGUUAUUUCAUUACAUAUUGUACGCAUUCGUGGUGA